AUGGGUGAGAACAAAGAUCAAGAAUACCCUUUGGCCAAAUCUAAUGGAAGUGAUCAAGAGUCGGGAGAUUUAUCAGCUAAGGAGCUCAAACGCCAGAAGAUGAACAAGAUAGCCAAAUAUGUGGCUGUUUUUCUAAUUUGUGUACUCAUUACAUUUAUAGUUUUGGUAUUUACUCUUGUUAAGUCUCCACGGGUCAUUUUAUUAGGCAAUGCUCAUCUUCAAACAUUGAAAACAACUACUAAUACUUCUUCUUUCGAUAAGAGUUUCUCAACCCAAAUUAGGAUCAAGAACACCAAUUUCGGGCCCUACAAGUUCGAAGCCACCACCCUCAACUUCACCCACAGUGGAGCCACCGUAGCACAAGUUGUCAUUCCUAAGGGCAAGGCCAAAACCAUGUCCACCAAAACUAUUAAUAAUGUCAUUGUUAGGUUGAGUUCGACUCAACUGCCAAAUAAUGUUGACCAAGAUAGCGAUGAGUUGACUCUUGGAAUAUUGACUUUGAGUAGUUCCACGAGAAUGAGCGGGAAAGUGGAAGUGAUGUCGAUCAUGAAGAAAAAGAAGUCCAUCAUGGUCAACUGCGCUAUUACUAUUGAUGUCGCUCUUAAUAAGAAUGUUCAGAGUUUGCAAUGUUCGAGCAAGAAAUCGAGAAAACCAAUGGUACUUAAACCCAAGAAAAUUAAACCAAAGUCCCAGCCGAAAAAGAAUACAAUAACAAAAAAAGCUUGA